UUGCCGCGGCGUUCCGACGCAGACGAACCAAAAUACACACCAAGUGUUCCCCGGGGGGAACUUAGGAAAUCAGAUUCUGAGAAAACAGUUUUUCUAAAAAGUGAUGACUAAACAAUAAGUAUUAUAGAAAUAUAGUAAACCUGGAAAGCAUUCAGCAACAACAAAGGCAAUUAUUUGAAGAACCAAAACAAAAAUAUAGAAGCUACUGCCCAUUGAAGACCUGAUUCCACAACCAGAACAUCAUUUGAUACAGCAAAGGAAACUAGUCGGGUAUUGCAAGAGAAUUAACAAGAGGAAAACAGAGCUUUGUCUUGUCACUGAAACCUUGGCUUGGUUUUUAGAACUUCAGCUAAAAAAAUGGGCAGAAUUUUCCUUGAUCAUAUCGGUGGUACCCGUCUGUUUUCUUGUGCAAACUGUGACACAAUCCUGACCAACCGCUCAGAACUCAUCUCUACUCGGUUCACAGGUGCCACUGGCAGAGCAUUUCUUUUUAACAAGGUAGUUAACCUGCAAUACAGUGAAGUUCAGGACCGGGUCAUGCUCACUGGCCGCCACAUGGUUCGAGAUGUGAGCUGCAAGAACUGCAAUAGCAAACUCGGAUGGAUCUAUGAGUUUGCCACUGAAGACAGCCAGCGCUAUAAGGAAGGCCGUGUGAUCCUGGAACGCGCUCUAGUACGAGAGAGUGAGGGCUUCGAGGAGCAUGUACCAUCUGAUAACUCUUGAAGAAAAAGAGAUAACUCCAUCUUUUCCCAGGUCUCCUUCACUGAAAACAAAAAUCUACUUACAUACACUGUCACCUUAGCAUCAGGGUCGGAUUCAUGAACUGCGGAACAAGAGGUUGUGAGAAUCUAAGAUGGAACCUUUCUUUCUUUUCUUUCUUUUUUUUUUUUUUAAUUUCCAAUUUUCCAUCCAGCAGCAGUGUGUAGAGAGAGUAUUAUGCAGAUGCCGUUAAUUUUUUUUUUUUUUCCCUGUGUUUACAUCUUGAGGCAGAAUAGUCUGUCUGCAGCUACCUGAUGGGCUAUGUGAGGGGAAAAAAAAAUCUGGGCUAUUGGAGUGAAAAAGUGUGUUUUGUGUAAAUUUUGAAAGGAAAAUGUGUCAAGAGCAUGGUUUUUAAACUUACUUGGGCUUCGUUUAAAACAUUUUUUUUUAAACCCAGUUAUUUCACUUGACUUGCUAGCUUCAGGGAAGAGGUCCAGAUUUGCGACCAGCGCUAAAGGUUCAGUGUUAGAUGGCUUGUGCUGGCCGCUGUGCCAUGUUCUUGUCAGAGAUGAACCGUGGCACCAGAGCCCAUCCUUCCUUGUCAGUCUUGACCCACAGACGUCACCAUUCCUAGUUAUUUGUCACCAUCUAAUCGGUGUUGAUUGGAAACUUUUCCUGAAAUGGGGCAGAACUGCUUGGUUGUCUUUUCCAUGUAACUUAAGCAUAGUAAUAUAAAUAAAGUAAUAGUUGGAUGUUUUUGGUCCUGUGUUGCUUUUAAAAACACCUUUUAAAAGAAAAGUGGAGUAUUUGAUAAGUAAUUUUCAUGAUAGUGUUUCUUUUCCUCUCUUGAGCUAAAUUGUGUAUAAGAGAUUACUUUGUUUAAAUUAAAGCAUACUGUUUAAAUCCAUAGUACCUUGUUUAGAAAAGAGUUGAACAGAAUGCCAGUGUGCGUUCAUGCAGAAAGCCUCUCAUCUGCAUCUGUUUUAAACGAAGGGGAAAUUGGAGGAGGCUAUCUAAAAAUAAUGCUUUGCAAAGCGUUUUCAGCCUCUCAGUUUUGUGUUGAUUUUGACAAGUCUGUAGAACCUAAUAGUUUCAUCAAAGGGCUAGAUCUGUCAUUAGCAUUAUUUUCUCAGAUCUUCCCUCCGAAGUUCGGCUAUUGAAAUUAAAACUGUACUUGGUCCUUUCAGGGAUCAAAUUUGACUCAGGGUGUUAUUUUAGCCCCAAACUUACAACAUUAUGAAGUAUUAAAAUAUAAAUGUUUCUUUAUCCAAUCUAUUUCUAGAUAUUCUAGUAUUUGUUUCUGAUGGAAUAAAUGACAUUAAAAUUGGCUCAUUAUUUAAAUGUAUGAAUGGAUGUUUGAGUGCUCAAUCUCUAGGUCUUUGUCUAGAAAGGAUGUUUGCCUCAACUAGCAAAAUCUUUUUGUCAUUGAUAUUAGAAGUGACUUCUGAGUACAGUUAAGAUUAAGUUUCUCCUCUUUGCCUUCGGCUCUUGGUUAGAGGCACAGGUCUCUGAUUAAGUAGGUGUAUAAUAUUGCAUUUGAGAUAAGUGGACAUGAAUGAGCUUUCCUUUACCAUGGAAUAAAUCUUCAAGCUUUAAGAAACAGCUUUCAUUCCCAUUCAUUUUCCAUACUGGCCUUUGAUGAUAUGCAGAUCCCUGGUAGCAUGCCUUACCUGCAGCACUAUGUGCAUUUGCUGUCACAAUAAAGUAUAUUUUGUCUUGCA